GUUGCCUUACUAGGGACAUCACGUUUUGCGUUUUGUUGCCCCCAGCAGUCAAAAACGGGUCUGACAGUGACGGGAAGGUCAUGAUGUCGCUACAACGCGCUUGUGCUGAAAUGGGGGUUUGCCUAUGAAGUGUUUAUGGGGUGAGUAAGUAGGUGAAACUGGAACUUAUAGGCUCCACCGGCUUCUAUAAGCAGGUGUAGUUAGCAGGCGAGCUAACCAGCGCUAAAAGCCAAGGCGCUUCACCUUCAGCACCUUCAGCCCAAAGCAUGAGCUCCACGUCCAGCUCCACACCCGAGGCGGCCGUGUCAGUAACGGGGAACCUUCAGCGGCUCUUCAGCCAUGUGAGGGUGGAAAACCUGGCCGCAGGGCUCAGUGGAGGUGUGGUGUCCACCAUGGUGCUGCACCCUUUGGACCUGGUCAAAAUAAGGUUUGCAGUGAGCGAUGGUCUGGAACUGAGGCCCAAGUAUCAUGGAAUCUGGCACUGCAUGAGGAGCAUCUGGCAGCAGGAAGGUCUUCGAGGGCUGUACCAAGGUGUAACUCCCAAUGUGUGGGGUGCUGGAGCUUCAUGGGGCCUCUACUUUUUCUUUUAUAACGCCAUUAAGGCUUACGCCAAGGAGGACCGUCAGACAGAACUGAGCGCCACGGAGCACCUGGUGUCGGCAGCAGAAGCAGGGGCGAUGACUCUCUGCCUUACAAACCCCAUCUGGGUGACCAAGACACGUCUGGUUCUGCAGUACAGUGCCGAUCCGAGCAGGAAGCAGUACAGCGGCAUGGUGGAUGCCCUGGUGAAGAUAUAUCGCCAGGAAGGAAUACCGGGACUGUACCGGGGGUUCGUUCCCGGCUUGUUCGGGACCUCUCACGGAGCUCUGCAGUUCAUGGCGUACGAGGAGCUGAAGAGGGACUACAAUAAAUACAGAAAGAUGCCUUCAGAUGCUAAACUGAACCCAUUAGAAUACAUUACCAUGGCAGCGUUGUCCAAAGUCUUCGCCGUGGCCACUACUUACCCGUACCAGGUGAUCCGAGCUCGUCUGCAGGAUCAGCACAAUAGUUACGGUGGGGUGGUGGAUGUCAUCAGGAGAACGUGGAGAAACGAGGGUCCCCUGGGCUUCUACAAAGGCAUGGUGCCCAAUCUGAUCCGAGUGACUCCUGCAUGCUGCAUCACGUUUGUGGUUUACGAGAACGUGUCCAGUUUUCUCCUGGGCCAACACAAAUGAGCUGGAGAUCGAGGGGCGACCGCACCAAGCUAACCUAGAGCGAGCGCAUUUGCCUUGGGGGAGACAACAUGGAGCACGACACCCUGGGGCCAGGCCUGGAGGGCACAGAUGUGGGUAGGAAGGGAGGCUCAAGGUUCCUUUCAAAGAGCCUCUGUCUAGUAGAUAUGGACAUGAUGUGGCUUCCUGUUGUGGACUGUGGAACUGAAAGAAGCCAAGUGCAGGGAACUUGCUGUUAGCUGAAUGAGGGCGUACUGGAAAGCUGACGUAGGGCUCUAUGUCUGACGGUACGUGUGAACAUGCAUCAUACAUGAGCCAAACAGAACUGGGGGCCAUGGCUGCAUGCAUGUAUAAUAAUAAACCUUUUAUUAAAAAGGUUGUUUUUCAACAGUGCCAAAGCGGAAACCUGCUUAAUGUCCCAGUAAAAGACUCUUAGUUUUAUUCAAAGAGGAAUUCUAUCAUUUUUUUAAAUUCAUGUUUAACACAGUGACAUGUAAACAGGCAUUCAGAGUGGUUUGAUGUGAAAUGCUUCAUUGUAGAGAAGCUUACCAACUAUCCAUCCAUCCAUCCAUCCAUAGGCAGCCAAAAUUCCUAAAUUCUGUGGCUGCUUUAUCUUUGAAAACAAAGCUCAGUGCCUGAUUUCCCAAGAACAUGACAGCGUUGAGAUCAUCCUUAGUGGUAGAGAAAGGGUUCCGUGUGAUGCUCGCUCUACCAUUUGAGAAUCAUCUAUGUGCUGAGAUGCUUUUGGGAAACCCAGACCGUUAAACGCUGAUGCCCACCAAUAAAGUUCUUGGAUGAGGGGCAAAGAAACUGGAUCAGGAGGUCCCUAAUAUUCAGUGAAGUGACCAAAUAUACAGCUCAGAUUAUUAGUCCACUACCUUUGUGUUUCUCAGAUGCUCUAAUCCUGAGCUACUAGUUUUAGUAUGUAGUCUUGCUCAGUGGCAUUGCAUAGUGUAUUUGCCUGGGUGGGGAAUCGAACCUCUCGCUGUAGAGAAGCUGAUUUUCUUUACAGUGGUGGUCAUAGGAAUGUUGCAUGUUUAUAGGAUGUCUGAUCUUACAGGAGUUGUCAUGUUGACAAUAAAAAAAGUGAUAUUUUUUCAGAUAUAAUUUUUGUUUGGGAACUACUUUUCUUUACAACAUCCUACAUGUACCUCCUAACCAUGAAUGUAUUUAAAAAGUACUUUUUAGGCCAAAUCUUUAUCUUAAAACCACGUCGCAGGCAAUAUGCAGUGUGUUUAUGACCAGUUUAUGUAAUAAACUUCUGUGAGGGAGCUUUUAACACAACCAGGGUGAACGAUUCUGACUGUGGGUUUCUCUACAACACUGCAUUUCCCAUUAAACCACUCCGAUCGACUUUGUUUACGCCUUAACUUCUCAAAGUUGCUGGAAUUCUCCUGUAAGUCUUCUGGCUGAGAUUAGCAAGCGGAUAGGUGAUAUUUAAGAUGUUUGUGUGAGCCAUAACUUUGCACUGAACAAGUUCCCAUAGUUGUUUGAAUAUAAGGGAAGGCAAUGUAAUAAAUCUCUACAGACAG